AUGUCACCGCGCCUUACGCGCGUGGCCUCGGCCGCUCGCAAGUCAACAGUAAACAAGUUCUACGUCCAUUCAGUGGACCCAGUGCCCAGCCAAAGCAUCCAUUCGCUCCGCAUCGGCUCCUUCAACUCCCGCUCCCUCCCUCCCAACCUUCACAGCCGCCUCGAGUCCUACUGGGCACACACCUAUCGCAUCGCCAUCCCCCAAGUCAACCUCUCCCGUCACCAACGCCUCAACGUUAUCACCGCCUACGCCCCCCACAUGGACCACCCACGAUAUGAAGCACACGACUUCUACGACUCAUUCCGCACCGCCUUCCCGCCUCAUCCUCGAACUCUGCCCACAGCUGGCACCAUCCCGAACGGACACCGAACUUGUUCCACGUAUGCGAACUCGUCAAAGGCAAAUAUAGCCAGUCUCUAG